AAACAUUGCUGUGACAUGUCUAAACAUCCGUACAUAUUCGUUUUGCUCCACAGACAACAAGAUGAUCACCCUCAUCCUAUAACAACCAUAGCCUGUAUAACUCUGGCUGAAGCACAGAUUAUCACAUGGUUCGGCGGGCCCUGUCCAGACGUCACUACAAAGGAAAACUUCCAACUACCACCGUACAUGGGCCGUUGGUACGAAAUCUCCAAAUAUCCCAACAGUUUUCAGAACGGAGAAUGUGGCACUGCCCAGUACACGCUGCAGGAUGAUAAUACCGUCAGGGUCAACAAUACACAGAUAAAGGAGGGUGGCGUUGUCGAUACAGUAAUUGGUCAAGUCCGAGACGACCCAAACUCCGACGUGCCCGCUCAUUUACAAGUCAGAUUCUCCUCGUUUCAACCCUGGGGAAAGUACUGGGUGCUGGACACAGACUACGAGAGUUACACCGUAGUGUACUCCUGCUCCUACUACGUCAUCAACAAGGUAGAGUUCCUGUGGAUUCUCGGACGCGAACGCACAGUUGAAGAAGAGACCAAGGAUAAAAUCCUACAAAUGUUAGAUAAUUACAAGAUCGACGCUAUGAAGAUGGUUGAUACUGUACAAGAUGUAGAUAAAUGUACUCUGUAAGCACGUAAAUUGCUUACAAGACUUAGUCCGUAAGAUGUGUACAAUUGUUAAUAUCCAUUACGUAUUACUAAAUGGUUUACUAAGACGUGCGGCACUGGUAAAUCAAAACGUUGUCGCAGGCUGUAUGUUGGAAUCAAGGGCAAAUAAAACACAUCAAUUUCAACGAAA